AUGGGUGGUUCUAACGAACAAACACUUAUUUUGCCGACCGGCAAGACUAUUAAAAUCCAGACUGGUCUUUUCAUAGACAAUGACUUCGUCGAUUCAGUCGAUAGUAAGCAUUUCGGGACCAUCGACCCGACUACUGAAAAGGUAAUUGCUAUUGUAGCAGAAGCUUCUUCAAGAGAUGUUGAUUUAGCAGUAGAGGCUGCUACCAAAGCAUUUUACAAUAUUUGGUGCUAUGUCGAUGGAAAAGAACGUGGUAGACUAUUGAAUAAACUCGCUGAUCUGGAAACUCUGGACAAUGGGAAAACCUUUAGCAUCACAAAGAUGGUUGAUCUUCCAGAAGCCAUUAGCUGUUAUCGAUAUUUCGCCGGCUGGUGUGACAAGAUUCAUGGCAAGGUUGUGGCUUUGUUGUGA